UAGUUGUUUGUUGUUGUUGUUGUUGUUGUUGUUGCUGCUGUAGUUGUAGUUGUUGCUGCUGUAGUUGUUGUUGUUGUUGCUGUUGUAGUUGUUUGUUGUGUUUCUUGUUGUCGUUCUUGUUUGUUGUUGUUGUUGUUGUUGUUGUUGUUGUUGUUGUUGUUGUUGUUGUUGUUGUUGUUGUUGUUGUUGUUGUUGUUGUUGUUGUUGUUGUUGUUGUUGUUGUUGUUGUUGUUGUUGUUGUUGUUGUUGUUGUUGUUGUUGUUGGUGUUGUUGUUGUUGUUGUUGUUGUUGUUGUUGGUGUUGUUGUUGUUGUUGUUGUUGUUGUUGUUGUUGUUGUUGUUGUUGUUGUUUGCUGAAUUUGCUGUUGCAUCUGCUCAAAACUUUGCUCGUUCCACCUGAAUUCUCUCCUGGCCAAUUUCUUUUUGCUCUUUACGGAACUGUAGUUCCUCCUUCCGUAUGCUUGCUUCUUGUGCACUUCUUACCUCCAAAUACUUGAAGGUCUCACCUGUUUAAUAUGAUACUUUUGUGCUUCGCCUUUUAGUCGACUUGUCAUCGUCACUUAUAUGGCCACUGUCGUUGUCAUCACUAUCAUCACAAGGUCUUUAGGCAUGCUCCAGGUUUUCAAAGCUUGAUUUAGAACAUCAAGGGCUUUCUCCUUUUCACUCUCAUGCUUUCUCACUAUCUUUUGGUUGUGAAUUUAUUAGCUCCACUCUAUCUUCAAGAAGGGUAUCUUUUCAGUUGGUGGGUCAGGACUGCAGCCAGUUGAAUUCUCCUCUUUUUUCAUUUUUUAUUUAAAUUCUGUUAUCAGUUUAUUGAAAUGUUCGCUGACACUUCUCUGGUCUCUAGGCAUCUCUUUAAAAUUAUCAUACUCAUUAAGGUGAGUAUAUUAUAUAUUAUAUAUUAUAUAUUAUAUAUUAUAUAUUAUAUAUUAUAUAUUAUAUAUUAUAUAUUAUAUAUUAUAUAUUAUAUAUUAUAUAUUAUAUAUUAUGUAUUAUCUAUUAUAUAUUAUAUAUUAUAUAUUAUAUAUUAUAUAUUAUAUAUUAUAUAUCCUAUAUCCUAUAUCUGAUAUCCUAUAUCCUAUAUUCUAUAUCCUAUAUCCUAUAUACUAUAUACUAUAUACUAUAUACUAUAUUCUAUAUACUAUAUUCUAUAUACUAUAUACUAUAUAUUCUAUAUACUAUAUAUACUAUAUAUACAUUCUAUAUUCUAUAUAUUAUCUACUAUCUACUAUCUACUAUCUACUAUCUACUAUCUACUAUAUUCUAUAUUCUAUAUUCUAUAUUCUAUAUUCUAUAUUCUAUAUUCUAUAUUCUAUAUUCUAUAUUAUAUAUUAUAUAUUAUAUAUUAUAUAUUAUAUAUUAUAUAUUAUAUAUUAUAUAUUAUAUAUUAUAUAUUAUAUAUUAUAUAUUAUAUAUUUAUCUUUGCCUGGUCGGCUAUCAGCCAUGUACGACGAGGGCGAAUGGCAUAAUUGUUUUAUAAUAUAGUCUAAUAUAGCCAUUAGCUGAAGCAGUAUAUAAUUAAUUAUUCACUGUUACAAUGUGUUGACAAUUUGUUCGGCCAAAAACCGCUUGAAAAUUUGAAAUAUUUUUGUUUUACAACUCGAAGACGAAGUGAAAGAAAUGGUUUUAGAACCUCUAUAUCUCACAGAAAAGCUCAGAUAUAUUAUACAGAUGUUUGGUUAUAGUAAGUGCUUGUUGACUGCAAAUUCAUUUGUCGUUCAUUGAACAUCUUUUUUCGCUGUUGUUUCGAUAUUAAGAGGCUGUCUCAGUAAGAACCACCAGGUCAUUUUCGUUUCAAAAAUAAUUUUUCCUUUAAUUAAUUUUAAACCCUGGCGACUGAAAGGCUUUAGUAAUACUAGAAUAAAAACGGGUUUGGUUUGCUUCAAAACGAUUUUGUUGUUGUGCUAGGAGCAACUUAGUCGUUCGGGUCAUUUGGCUCUGAAGCGACGUCUCGAAAACUGAAAAAAAGCUAUUUUUAGAAGCGCUGUAAAAUAUUUCAUUCGCAUCAAAAAAGAAUAAAUCAUACAUCGAUUUAUUUCUUAUUCCCUCUAGUUUACUAUUAUUAUUAUCAUUUGUGCGUGGCUUUACUGCUAAAGUCGCAAUUUUAGGUAUUAAAAUCUCUACUGAUCGCUUCCUCGAAAAGUCUCAAAAUAGCCUUUAUUUAGACCGUAAUUGAAAAAAAGCGGGACUUAGUUGGCGCUUUAAACCUUUACAGCUCAAAAAUAUAGCCCUUCGUUUGAUCAUAUUGUAAAAAUUAAGUGUACGAUGUUUGAUUUUAAAAAGUUAUAACCACUUGAAAUAGCACGUGUGCCGACUGUUUACGAUUUUCUGCUUACUGCAAAUCCGGUUUGUCAAAAAUAGAACUUACAUGUUUCAGAAGAACGGAAUUUUUCCAUCUGCUGACAUUGCUUAAUAUCCAAGAGCGCUGAAGUCCACCACAGGGCCGAGAAAUAUCCAGAAAGUAGGCUUGAAAGGUUUGUAUCAGUAGAAGCAUGAUGCAUUGAUAGGCCGAUUGUUGACAAAUGCGACUCGUAGCCAUAAUAGUCCCCCUCUAGCGUCGAAUAAUGCUGUUCAGAGAGCACUUUCUUCGAAAUUUGGACAAUAACUCAUCAAAGCCUUUUAUUGUAGAAAAGAGAGACGUUAAACUGUUACAAAAGUAUAAUAUUUGCCUGUUAAUGAGGCGGCAAAACGUCAAUUUCAACCGUUGUUGUGAUCUACCGUUUCCUGGGUUUUCACUUGUUUCCAUCCACCAAACUGACAUUGCGCAAUUUCCCAAAUUUCAAAUUUCCAUUUUCGUUUAUUUUUCUUCCUCAAUUUGGUUAGGGUAGGGUCUGGAUUAGUUUUAUAGUAGAGGUUAAGGUAGGUUUUAGGGCUAGGGUCAGUUACAAGAGUAUUUUACAUUUUUUGAAACUUGAAGAACUAACGCCAUGUCAGAAUGGAAGAUGGAAACAAAUAGUAUACCGCAGGACUCAGCUUCAAAUGGAAGUAUGUUUCAAUAAAUGUUGCAAUCAAAUGAAGCUUAUUGUAUGUAUAUUACUAGUUUGCGUUUUAAAAAAGAUGGAAUCGAAAUGUUUAUUUGAAGUUGGGGAGAUGCUCUCUGUAGUGAGUCUUCUUCUAAGUUGAUAAAUCUGUCAACCAUUCAAGAAUCAGAGCUAAUCGUCAACAGGUGCUCUUUACCACUCGACAUUUCUUCAAAUCAACUUGAGCAGCUUUGGAUUUGUGAAAAACACAGAGAUGCCGUGGGAAGGAACUGGAGGCCUCGUCUUACAUGUCAGUAUCCGCUGCAUUCUGGUCCAAAAAAGAAACUCAGUACGAGAAAUGUAAUUACUGCUGAAAUAUCAAGACAAAUUGGUACAGUAUAUGGAAAGCGCGUUCCAAUAGGAUCCCGUAAGUAAGAUAGGAUAGUUGGAUUUCUUUGAAAAGUUUGUGUUGUUUUACUUUCAUUCAGCAACUUUUGUUUACCAUGGAUCUUUGAACAACGAAUUUUUAUAGUAUAUAUGUUCAUUUUCAUAGUAUAUAUGUUCACAUUCUUUUAAGUAUGAAUAUAUUUUGUCUGUGCUUUUCAACGAUUUGUGUUUCAUGUUACAAUCGUCACAAAAUAAAACUCACCGACAACCUAGCGUGGAUGGAGGGACAGCAAACUCAGAAAGAUGAAUCUAUUAGGUGAGGUGAUUUUAUAUAAUUAGUUUGUGAUUAUGCUGGCAUGAAUAAAUCAAGGCAUUUUUAGUACCAUGAACUGGUGGGGCAUUUUCCCCACUGGGCCCGUCCCUCUGUUACACCACUGAGGAAAAAAAUGGCCUAUUACCCCAAAGCCAGGGCCCUAAGAGCUGUAUUGAGUAAAUGAGUUUAACAUUGAAAAGAGGUUUAAACACAAAAUUUGUUGGUGAGUAUACUUAAACUUAUGUUGUAUUUGAAUGUUUAGCAUGCAAUUUAUUACAAAUUUCACCAUUAAGACUUUGUUAUGGGAAGUUGAUAUUUUUUUAAAUGCGCUCUCAGAAUGCAGGAAAUGCUAUUUCAGAGACCCAAAUUUUAAAAAUUUCCUGGGGGGCAUACCCCCGGGCCCCCCUUGCUAUCUCGUGCCUGCGGUACUCGGCUCACACUUUCGGCGAUCGCAUACUAUCCUGGUGGAAGGGCAAGGAAAAUGGGCCCAUUGGCAGUUUUGUGCCCCCACCACUGAAGAAUCCUUAAAAAAUGUACUGGAAUAAAUUGCUUUCUUUUUGACCGGUACCAUGCAGUCCAAGUAGAAUAGAAUUUGUCGAUGGAUGUCAGAGCAAAUAAAGUUUAUACAUACAGUAGAAUAAUCACACACACUCAAAAGAUCUUCAUCUGUGAGCAAUACAGAGAAGACAGUUUCUCUGCCGAGCGCGCAUAAGGGCGGAUUGCGGAUCAGUCAUUCUAAACAUCAUAGCUGCAAACGUGACAUCAUACUUCAAAAGAUUUUUCUAAAGACUGGUUUCCAUAACUAUCGCAAUAGUCGCCAAAGUCGUAAUAGUAAAAAUCGCCAUAAUCCCAUUUCAACGAUUUGAUCGCUUAAGACUUCAAAAACACUGCCAUUCACAUUAGGUGACUUGUGCCAAUAAGAUUCCACAGAAAAAGUUUGUAAAAUGCAGUUUUCAAAGUCGUUGCAACACUUGCGACGCGACACUUGCGAUAAUUACGAUUUAAUUAAUGGAAACCAGGAUUAAAUGAGGGCCAUUGAUAUGCCAGGAAUAUCAUCCUCGUUGAAUAAAUCCAUUACUUAAGUUCUGGUACCUAUUGGUAGUUGAUCAAUGAUCCCGAGCCAAGCGCACGCAAGCUGAGCCGCGUCAAAGCCAAUUCAAAGCAUAGCUAAUCCGCAAUCCGUACUUAACCCUCCGCAGAGCCCUCAGCAAUCAUAUUAUAUUUUCACGUCACUUCUUCCAUAGACUAGCCAAACGAAUGGGAGCCAUGAACCUCGAAGCUCUGACUACAACUCCUUGUAUAACACCUGUAUCCAAACGAUCGAAAACUGCGACAUAGACUGCUGAGUGGACUUUGGGGUGCAAUUCCGGACCAGACAGCCAAAGUUCAGAAGACGACGAAGAAAGUAUGAGUUCCAGCCGGUCAGCAAUGACAGUUUUUAAUGAUGCCAUGGAUCAAGUUAUGCCGAUCAAGUUAAUCCCUUGACGUUCCAAUUGAAGACUACAUGGGAUGAAGCUAAAGAAGACGAAAAGGAAGUGUGCAUAGACAAGGCAAUCGAAGCCUGGAAUCUGGUGUGUGCUUUUAUAGCCCCAAAAGCUGGGCAAGAACUUUUUAAAUCAUGCUGCAUGUCAGAAGAAGAUACUUAUGGAGAUAUUGUACCACUGAUGCAAGCGUACUGCAAAGCUCCCACAAGAAAUGUCAAAACGCAAAUUCUAAAUCUGUAUGCUUAUAGAUAUCCAGUACGUACACUUCAACGAAUUCAUGAACAAUACGAGCGGUUGACAGAAUGGCAAUUACGACGUGCUAGGGCUCAUGCCAAGGAGCGUGGACCAGGUUUAUUGGCAGAAAAUUCAUCAUUUCACCGAGUACGCUUGCCAAGAGCAAAACUGGACCAUUUCAUCGACUUCAUCAAUCGGCCAUACUUCUACCAGGAUGUGGCUUUUGGAACAAGAAAACUAACACUUAGCUGCCGCGAGAAAAUGGAAAUGCCAAAUGUUAUUCGCAAAGUUACAAGGUCAACAAUGAUCAAGCAAUACCUUCAAUUCUGCACAGAAGAAAAUGUUGAGCCUCUAAGCCGCGCUACUCUGUUUCGCAUUCUCGAUGUAAGAGAAGUUUCUCAACAGAAGUCACUGAGUGGCUUGGACAACAUCGCAGCCGAUGGGUCCGCGGGAUUUGAGCGAUAGCAUGGAAUAGUAUCUUUGAGCUUGAUCAAAUAGGGCUGGAUAAACUCGAGGCAGAUGGAUUGCGGAAAUCCCUUGUAAAUGGCAAGAAGUAUUUCAAAACCGAAUACCAAAGUCACUGUCAGGAUAAUGAAAGCAAAUGCGCCGAUCAUCGUCGCAAAUUUGGACUCAGUGAUCCAAGCGAUCCAGACCUUCAAGAACAAUGUGUCAAUCAGCAUGUACUGCGCUGCCCUCAGUGUGAUGACAUCACUACAUGUUUACAGAAAAUACGCAAGAUUGUCGAGGAUGGCAAAACCUUGAGUUUCUACAGAAAGGACCAUAAAGAUGACUUGCUGUAUGACAUAGAGAAAGCAUCGGAUGCUCUCGACAGGUGGAAAGGUCAUAUUAUGAGAUCUGUUAAUCAAGAAUUGGCAAAACAAGAUAUCAUCGCAAACCUUCACCAGAGCUCAUGUCUCCACAUACUGGACUGGGCAAUGAAGUUUUUACAGCUCCGUUUUAGAGAGAAGCAAAGUGAUUGGUAUGGAAAGAGAGGCCUUAGUUGGCAUAUCAGUAGCGUGAUAUCUCGAAGCCAGUCAGACAAAGUCGAAGUUACUUCAUAUGCGCAUCUCUUUGAUCAAUGUACACAAGACUGGUACGCAGUUAGUUCAAUUAUUGAAGAUCUAAUUAAGCAGUUGAAAGUAAAGAAUCCUAAGUUGCAGACGGUCUUCCUAAGGUCAGAUGAAGCUGGCUGUUACCAUAACAAUUUUUUAAUAGCUGCUCUGAGGGAUAUUGCAAAGAGAGUCGGAGUUACAGUUCAAGGCUAUUAUUACUCGGAGCCACAAGCGGGUAAGGACAUACGUGAUCGUAUUCUAUGUCCAAUGAAACAUGCUAUCCGUACGUAA